AACAUGAAGUCCGGUCUGGUGCUCCUGCUGCUCUCCGUGGCCCUGAGCUCUCCCGCGGUGACCUCAGAAGUGGAAGGCGUGUCCAAAGAUUACAAGAGCUUAACGGUGAGGAUUGGAAACUCUUCGACGAAAGCCGCACUGUCGGGCACGCUGACCAUCCCGUGCCACAUCACGUACCAGUCGCCAGCGGCGGAGGUGACCGUGGGCCGCCGGGCCGUGCUGGCCACGCCUAGGGUGAAAUGGACCUUCGUCUCCAACGGGAAGGAAGUCGAGAUAUUGGUGGCUCGGGGCCACAAGGUCAAGAUCAACGAGGCGUACAGACUGCGGGCCUCCCUCCCGCGCUACACGACCUCGGCAUACGACGUCACGCUGGUCCUCAAGGAGCUGAUGAGCAAUGAUUCGGGGGUUUACAAGUGCCACGUCCAACGCGGCAUUGAAGAUGACUAUGACAUGUUGGAGGUGAAGGUCAAAGGUGUUGUGUUCCUGUAUCGGGAAGGACUCUCGCGUUACACUUAUACUUUCCCCAUGGCCCAGGAAGCCUGCGUGAGGAUUAAGGCGCACAUAGCCACGGCAGAUCAACUUUUGGCCGCCUACCAUGGUGGAUAUGAACAGUGUGAUGCCGGCUGGAUCGCUGACCAAACUGUCAGGUACCCAAUCCAGACACCACGGGAGGGUUGCUAUGGCGAUAUGGAUGGAUUUCCUGGAGUGAGGAACUAUGGAGUCUCGGACCCUGAUGACAUGUAUGAUGUCUACUGCUACGUUCAAGAACUCAAUGGGGAGAUUGUUCUAGGUUCCACACCAAACAAGUUCACUCUAAGCGAGGCCAGAGACUACUGCAGGGCACUGGGGGCCGAAAUGGCGAACACCGGUCAGCUGUACGCCGCGUGGAACGAAGGGUUCGACCACUGCAAUCCUGGCUGGCUUGCUGAUGGAAGUGUCCGCUACCCCAUCGUCACGCCGAGAGAUAAGUGUGGAGGGAACUCACCUGGGGUGAAGACGGUCUUCCAGUUCCGCGACCAGACGGGCUUCCCGGACCCCCAGGCCAGAUAUGACGUCUACUGUUUCAGAGAACUGAAAAGGCAAUUCUCUCCUAGUAACAAAGACCACGGUGAGAGCCCUUCACCUGCAGCCGAGCGAGUCCGAGACGUCAUCACGGUCACCGAGAGCUUUGAGGAGCUGAGGUUGUCGGAGGUCAAAGCUGAGAACGAAGCCCAAGGUUUUGUAGACACCAUCCCGCUGAACAAGACAACCGAGGCGACCAAGCCCGCAGACGUGGAGACCGUUUCUACCGCCAGAGACGUUCAGGAGUCACCGGCUCAGCCGACGGUUGCGGUAGAAGGAAACGUCAAUGAGGAUGAGGACCUUUCUCCUGGUGUGGCAAGCUUCCCUCCCUAUGAGGACCAUUCUGAGGACAGCGAGGAGUCUACGACAAUGGAGAGCAAAACCACGGCGAUUUUAGGACAUUCUCAAGGAGAUACACCUGGCUUUGUCUUAGAGUCCACCCAAGGAACACUGGAAGGAGAAGCUCUGCCGACUGCAGGUGACUCCAUCUUAGAUGUGUCGUUUGUGAAUGUUCUUGCAGAGAAUGAUUAUGACAACUUUACUGGCUCGGCACAGGAACUUGGGGUUACUGUGUCAGAAUCAGCAAGCCACAUUCCACAUACCGGAUCCCCCAACCCAACCCAAUUUUCAAACACGGAACAUGAUGCGGAUGUGCACACUCAGGAAAGAACCCACCAAGGAGAUACCUUCACCGGGACAAUAGCAGACACCAGUUUUAGUCACGCCGUCCCGACCACAGCUUCCUCUAUCUUAGCCAGUGAUGUAGAAUAUAGCGGAGUCGGUAAACCGUUAUCAAGCGUGAAUGUUGAUAAUGAGCCCCUUAAAUCUUCCCUAGACACCCCAGUCACUCAACCAACAUCCGCCAUCCAUCCACCGCAAGAUGAUUUUGAGGCAUCCGGACACGAAUAUAACUUGACGCUCACAGAAGAACCACAGACUCCAACAAGUUGGGUGGAAGAACUGGUCUCAGGAGACCAUGCCAGUGGGACACCAGAUCCUACUCAAAGUUCUCAGAUAUUGGAAUCAAGCCUCGUCCUUACAACACCUCUGUCUUUUUCCCCUGGGCCUCAAAGUUUUAGUAGCCCUAAGUUAUCUUGGGAAGAAGGAAGCGGAGAAGUUCCAGAUUCCACGUGGCUCACCUUAGGUGGUGGUUCGAUUUCCGACGUCAAUGAUACUCAAAAGGUGGAAAGGAAUGAAAGUGAACACCAGGAACUUCUAAACAACGUCGCAAAUACAACUAUAGUCUCUGUCCAAAGUUCCUACGAGGAUAACGAAUCAUCUACAGUCCAGAAAUCCCACUUGAUAAGCCCUAAUGCGUCUUCCGGUCCUUCAGCCAUUGAAGAUGUUGGUGUAGACCAAUACGCUCAAGAGAACAACCCUUUUCCGACAUCAUUAAUAGGAACAACAGAGGGUCACCGAGAUCUAGUCUCUUUUGCUCACAUAGGUUUCACUCCACCGCCCAACAGUCCCAGGAAUGCCACAAGCCAAUUUUUGGAGAAGAUCUUUCCGCCGACCCUGAAUCCUACUGGUCCCUUGCCCGCUGUAUCAACAGAAAAGGCCAUUGUUGGAUCCUCAGUGAACUUUUCAGAUGUCUGCUACCCCAACCCCUGUGGGAACGGAGGGACCUGCAUUGAGGAGGACGAUGACGACUUCCACUGUUUGUGUUUGCCGGGCUAUUUUGGAAAAGCCUGUGAAAUAAAUGUAGAGAAGUGUCCAGACGAGUGGGACUCGUUCCAGGGAUUCUGCUACCGGCACUUCUAUGACAGGAAGAGCUGGGAAGAGGCGGAGACCCACUGCAGGGACUUCGGAGGCCAUCUUGUCAGCGUCGUAACCCCCGAGGAGCAGGACUUUGUCAACAACCAGUACAAGGACUACCAGUGGACGGGUCUGAAUGACCGCACCAUAGAGGGCGACUUCCAGUGGUCGGACGGGAACACCGUGCUCUUUGAAAACUGGAACCAAGGGCAACCCGACAGCUACUUCCUCUCUGGCGAGGACUGCGUGGUCACCGGGUUUCACGAUGACGGUCAGUGGAGCGACGUGCCGUGUAACUACCACCUCCCGUACACCUGCAAGAUGGGCCUGGUGACCUGCGGACCUCCCCCCGAGGUGGCGGACGCUUCCAAUUACGGACGGCCCAAAACCCGGUACCAGAUCGGCUCGGUGGUGGGGUAUCGCUGCGACGACGGUUUCAUCCAGCGCAAUUCUCCGGUCGUCAGGUGCCAGUCGGACGGAUUGUGGGAAGAGCCGCAGAUCAGCUGUCUACCGUCUCUCCAAUGAUGUGAACUCCUUUGAGGACUCCUCUUGCCUCUCUCUUAGAAAUUGUUACCCUGGUAGCCAAUGGGCUGUGACUUUUACCCCGGACCCCGUUGCUGCAAGAAAAGGCCGGCCUUGUUCAACCGACACACCGCACGGGGAGGUUCUCUAUGUGCCGUUAGACUAAAACCACUCUCAUCCACACCACGAGUACCUUCAACACUUUCACCGAAAAGGCCGCGGCGAGCACGUCAGUGAAGAGGACUUGGUACAACGCACCUAUGGACACA